AUGGCGUCGUACACACUCUCCUCCUUUAUCCCUUUGACGGUAUCAAAUCCUCGGGUCUUUGUUUCAAGGCAGAAUGGAUCUCCUUCGUCUUCUUCGUCUCCGAUUCCUCUUACUUCUCUGCUAGGCAAGAAGCUUCUUGUGACACAACCGUCGCGUCGCUGCUUCGUCCCCAAGCACCGGUGCUUGACCUCGGCAAGCACGGUCUUUAGCGUCCCAACUUCGCAGCCGGAGAAUGGUUCUUCAGAUAAGCUCCCAAAAUGGUCGGCGAGAGCUAUAAAAUCACUUGCAAUGGGGGAAUUGGAGGCUAGGAAGCUCAAGUAUCCAAACACCGGCACCGAAGCCAUUCUCAUGGGCAUUUUAGUCGAAGGCACUAGCACAGCUGCUAAGUUCCUGAGGGGCAAUGGAGUCACACUUUUUAAGGUUCGAGAUGAGACGAUAAGCCUGCUGGGGAAGUCAGACAUGUACUUUUUCAGCCCAGAGCAUCCUCCUCUAACCGAACCGGCUCGAAAGGCCAUUGACUGGGCCCUUGAUGAGAAGAAAAAAUCUGGUGUGGAUGGGGAACUAACCACUGCCUACUUGCUCCUGGGGAUCUGGUCUCAAAAGGGAUCAGCAGGCCGCCAGAUUUUGGAGAAACUAGGUUUCAACGAAGAUAAAGCCAAAGCAGUUGCUGAAUCGAUGAAUGAAGAUGUAGAUUUGAGUUUCAAGAAACAAAGUCAAUAG